CAUUAACGUUAUUUUGUUUUUUCCUCCCGUUUUGUUUAUCUCGGGGCGCACUUUGAACAAUUGUCAAAUUGUGUAAGAUUUAUUUUCUUUCUGUUCUUCCCAAAUGGACUUUCGGAAUGCCCGUGCCAGGCAGCCGGAAAUUGUGCGAUCCGUGCAAAAGGAUGCCCGCUAUACAAAUGAAUUGGCUGAGGAUUUGUCAGACGUGCUACGUCUGACUGGACCCCGUAACUGGAUCAAAUACAAUCAAUUGUGCAAGCUCUUGGCGGAACUCAGCUACCAUGGUUUCGCUUCCGUUAAUAAUUUGCAAACUCUUGGAGAGGAAUACACGGGAAUCAUACAAGUGGAUGGGCAAUACAAGCAGAUACCAAGUCGCCUGCUUCAAUUGUUGGCCAUUAUUUUGGAAUUCGGUGGUGACUCUUUGUUCAUGCGCCUAUUGCACAAAUCGGAAGUUUUUAUUGCCAAUCAUGAGGAGAUUCGCCCCGAGGCGAAGCAACAGAUAAAGAAACUCAUCCAUCGAUUACGACAGUCACCUAGCUAUGUAAAGGCUUUGCACAAAUCCCUUUUCUAUCUGGAUGCCAGUAAAUACCAGUUGUCGAAGCGAACGACUGGAAUAAAUUAUGUGCUCAUUCGUCACUGGCUGCAGCCGGAGUUCUCUCUUUAUGGGUAUAAAAUUCUGGGUGCUAUUACAUUCCUUCAGGUCACCGUGUCAUUGGCAAUCAGCAGUUGGGAUAUGUGGCGAGAGCACAAACGCCAGCAAAUGGAAGCCGUUAAGCAGGCCUGCAAACGUUUCCUGCUCCAAAAACAAUCAUCUAAGGAAAAGUCUACAAUACCAGAUGCUCCUCAGUGUAUUCUCUGUCUGGAAGCUAGAACAAAUUGUAGUCUAACUCCCUGUGGACACUUGUUCUGCUGGAGCUGCAUUCUCGACUGGUUGGAGGAGCGCGAUGAGUGUCCCUUGUGUCGGGAAUCUCUAAAGAAAUCCCAAGUGAUACAACUACAAAAUUUUGUCUGAUAUGCAAUAGAAAUAAAAGAAGGGAUGGGAUUUAUAUCCCAUAUAUUAA